AUUUAUUUCUAUAUGAUAUGUUUAUUACUUGUUGAAAUAAAUUCAAAAUAAAAUUAACUGUACAGAGUAAAUUUACUUAUUAGUGUUAGUUUGCAACUUUAAAUGGAGCCGCUCGCUUGUAAGAUCCGUUUUCAGAUGGGGUGGUGGGAAAAUUAUAAGUAGAAUAGUUUUGGACUAAUAUAUUAAUUCUUUAAUAAAUUAUAAAUAUCAAUCAGUAUCAAAAUGGUAGAAGGUCCAGCUUCAUUAAAGGGUAAGAAAUAUCCUGCUAAACAACAUGCUAGAAAUGUUUAUGCCCACUUAAAGGAAAAGAAUUUACAAAAAGCUGAAAGUUCAGUAUUUUUCAUUAGUGGUGAAGAUAAUGAACUUAUUCAAUAUAGUGAUCAAAAUAAACCAUUUAGACAAAACAGAUAUUUUUUUUAUUUAUCAGGUUGUCCAAUUCCAGGAGCUCAUGUAGUAUAUCAACCUCAAAGAGAUCAUUUAACUUUAUAUUUACCAAAUAUUGAUUGGGAUGAUGUUAUGUGGUCGGGACUUCCAUUAAGUUUAGAACAAGCUAAGGAAAAGUUUGAUGUUGAUGAAGUUAAAUAUGCUGAAACUUUAGAAGCAGAUUUAGCUAUUAUUAACUUUAAUUUACUCACUACUGAUAUUAAUAAAUCUAAUAUUAAAUUUGCUUCUAUAUUAAAGGAAGGUGAUAAAGAUUUAUUUUAUGCUAUGGAUGAAGCUAGAUUAAUUAAAGAUGAUUAUGAAAUUGAAUUAAUGAGACAUGCUGCUAAGAUUUCUGAUAAUUGUCAUUUGGCUGUUAUGUCUGCAGUUCCAAUUGAAACAAAUGAAACUCAUAUUCAUGCAGAAUUCAUGUAUCAUGCUAUUAGACAAGGAUCUAAAUAUCAAAGUUACGAUCCUAUUUGUUGUUCAGGUCCAUCAUGUUCAACUUUACAUUAUAUUAAAAAUGAUGAUGAAAUUACUCCUGAUAAGAGAUCUAUAUUAAUAGAUGCAGGUGCUGAAUGGGAUUGUUAUGCUAGUGAUGUUACUAGAUGUUUCCCAAUUAAUGGUGAUUGGACCAAAGAACAUUUAGAAAUCUACAAUAUUGUAUUAAAAAUGCAAAAGACAGCAUUAGGUUUAAUUAAACCAGGUGCAUUAUGGGAUGAUAUUCAUUUAACUACUCAUAAAGUAUUAAUUGAAGAAUUUCAAAAGUUAGGUAUCUUUAAAUCUGAAUUUUCAGUUGAAGAAUUAUUUGAAUCUAAAGUAAGUGCAAGAUUUUUCCCUCAUGGAUUGGGUCAUUUAUUAGGUAUGGAUACUCAUGAUGUUGGUGGAUAUCCAAAUUAUUCAGAUCCAGAUCCUUUAUUAGUUUAUUUAAGAAUAAGAAGACCAUUAAAAGCAGGUAUGGUUGUUACUGAUGAACCAGGAGUUUAUUUUAAUCCAUUUUUAUUAGAAGAUACAUUAAAGGAUCCAUCUAAGCUUAAAUAUAUUAAUAAAGAAAUUUUAGAUAAAUAUUGGUAUAUUGGAGGAGUAAGAAUUGAAGAUGAUAUCUUAAUUACUGAAACUGGUUAUGAGAAUUUAACAGGUAUAACUUCCGAUCCAGAAGAAAUCUCAAAGAUUGUUAAAGCAGGAUUCCAAAAGAAGUUUCAUAAUAUUGUUUAGGUAUCUAAAUAGACGAUUUAAUUUUAUUAUUUAUUAUAUAUAAUAUUAUAAUUUGUUUAAUUUAUGUCAUAAAUUUGUGUGUCAUCG